CUUUUGGACACCACACCUAGUCAUCAUGAAGGCUAAAUGGACAAUCUGCCCAGGACUGCAGCCUGAUAUCAUUUUUCAAAGCCAGAACUUACUCCAUUUUCUAUGCAAAUGUCAGAAAAGCGAAACAACCUCUCUCUCAAGUCUGAGAAGGGGAAACGACGGCUCUCAGGUUGGGACAAUUUUAUCUGGAAGCUGAAGAAGAUAUCGAACGCUCCUUUUUCCCUCCCUCCCCAUCCUUUUGAAUCCGGAGGAGGGCAAAACCCCACAAGUUCUGCAAAGGCGCGGCGCUCGGACUAUAAAACACAACAAAUCAUAAACCCGGCGGAGCAGCAGCGGCCGCGCGCGCCUCCCCUCUCGAUGAGUUCCUAUUUCGUGAACUCCACCUUCCCCGUCACUCUGGCCAGCGGGCAGGAGUCCUUCCUGGGCCAGCUGCCGCUCUACUCGUCUGGCUAUGCGGACCCGCUGCGGCACUACCCCGCGCCUUACGGGCCGGGACCCGGCCAGGACAAGGGCUUUGCUGCGUCCUCCUAUUACCCACCAGCCGGCGGCGGCUACGGCCGGGCGGCGCCCUGUGACUAUGGGCCGGCGCCUGCCUUCUACCGGGAGAAGGACGCGGCCUGCGCCCUCUCCGGCGCCGACGAGCCGCCCCCGUUCCACUCCGAGCCGCGCAAGUCCGACUGCGCACAGGACAAGAGCGUGUUCGGAGAGACCGAGGAGCAGAAGUGCUCUACGCCCGUCUACCCGUGGAUGCAGCGCAUGAAUUCGUGCAACAGUUCCUCUUUUGGGCCCAGCGGUCGGCGAGGCCGCCAGACCUACACACGCUACCAGACCCUGGAGCUGGAGAAGGAAUUUCACUAUAAUCGCUACCUGACCCGCCGGCGGCGCAUAGAGAUCGCGCACGCCCUGUGCCUGACCGAGCGGCAGAUCAAGAUUUGGUUUCAGAACCGGCGCAUGAAGUGGAAAAAGGAGAGCAAACUGCUCAGUGCGUCUCAGCUCAGUGCGGAGGAGGAGGAAGAAAAGCCAGCCGAGUGAAGGUGCUGCAAAGGGAGGGGGGACGCGAAGGGAGAGGUCUGUGGGGGAACCUAGGGCACCAGAAAGCCCCAGAAGGCUCUGCGGUCGAGGGAGUCUGGGGACUUGCUGUCCAGAGCACGAUGGGCAGGGCCCAGUGCUUGCCUGGAUGCCCCCUUCUGCAGAGCUCUUCCUGGGCGCUUGGCGGAUGCCCACCCAGCACCCUAGCGCCUCCUCCCUCCCCCGAAGAACCCAGCUUGGCCUCAUCAGGCUCUCUGGUGAACUGAGAAUCGGACUCACUUGAUGUCUCCUGGAAGCAGAGCAGAAUGCUCAUGUCCUUGUCGAGUCUCAUUUCGUCCAUGUCCCCCGUGCACGGUUCAAUGGUAGAUUCGCUGUCCCCUCAGCAGGGACCUGAAAGACUCCCUAACCCCAGACUUGUCUCUCCUACCCCCUCCCCAAAGCCACUGGAAGGAGCACAUACUACCUAGAAGGAAGAAGAGGAGCCUCAGAAGAAAACAAAGUUCUAUUUUAUUAAUUUUCUAUGUGUUGUGUUUGUAGUCUUGUCUUAGCUCCGGACGUGAAAUACUUCGGUAAUAAUAUUAAUAUUAUUAAUAAUGAUUAUGAUGAUGAUGAUGAUAAUAAUAAAGAUGUGAAAACUCGCA